AGUUCAUAUCGGUCUAUGACCCCCAUCACCACCAUUAACCUCCAGAGGGAUUAGCCUACCCCUCCCCAUGGAAGGAGCUGAGUAUACUCAGUAUUAGGAGCACACCCAGAAGCCUUUGAGGAGGGGGAUGGCUCUUCAUAUUCAUGAAGCUUGCAUACUUCUGUUGGUCAUCCCUGGAUUGGUCACCUCUGCUGCCAUCAGUCAUGAAGACUAUCCUGCUGAUGAAGGUGACCAGACCUCCAGUAAUGACAAUCUGAUCUUUGACGACUAUCGCGGGAAAGGCUGUGUGGAUGACAGCGGCUUUGUAUACAAGUUGGGCGAACGGUUUUUCCCAGGGCAUUCCAACUGCCCAUGUGUCUGUGCCCUGGAUGGACCUGUUUGCGACCAGCCAGAAUGCCCUAAAAUUCACCCGAAGUGUACUAAAGUGGAACACAAUGGAUGCUGUCCUGAAUGCAAAGAAGUGAAAAACUUUUGUGAAUAUCAUGGGAAAAAUUACAAAAUCUUGGAGGAAUUUAAGCCCUCUCCAUGUGAAUGGUGUCGCUGUGAGCCCAGCAAUGAAGUUCACUGUGUUGUAGCAGACUGCGCAGUUCCUGAGUGUGUCAACCCAGUCUAUGAACCAGAACAAUGUUGUCCUGUCUGCAAAAAUGGUCCUAACUGCUUUGCAGGAACUACAAUCAUUCCGGCUGGCAUCGAGGUGAAAGUGGAUGAAUGUAACAUCUGUCACUGUCACAACGGGGACUGGUGGAAGCCGGCUCAGUGUUCAAAACGCGAGUGCCAAGGCAAGCAGAUCGUGUAGAACGAAUUGCCAGCCGAUGACGAGCCCUUAGGAGAGGAUGCGAUGGCUUCCCCUCUGCACACGUUUCAAACAGAACAAAACAGACACACAGACUCCUGCCAGCUACAACAGGG